AUGGCUGUCAUCAAAGAGAAUCCAUUGGUCAAUCUACUCCGAAACAAGGCAAGUUUAUCAUCCAUCAACAGUUGUGAAUCUUGUCUCAUGACAAUCAUUUCCACAGCAUCUGCUCCAUUCAAUGAUAACCGCAAUGACACCACGGCUGCCAUUCCUAUCAUUGGCAAACAAGCAAGAUCACCUGAAUCUACGGACUUCUUGAGCCAUGAAGGCCCUGUUCAGCUCCCUCUCCACAAGGCUCCACACUUGAUGGUUGGAGAACAAUUCCAUGAUACAAGUGCUGAACGAACAUCUUAUCAAGCAUGGUUUGGUGAAAGUGUGUCAAACUUCACUACACAUGGAGCGGCACAAAUUGCAGACCACCCUCACCCAAAUCAACCCACAAACAGCCCCCAUAUGGGAAGAUAUCCCCACAAAUAUGCCAAGGCUUCUCAAGUGUGUGAAUUUACAAGCACCUGUGAUCAAAACAGUCUCAUGUGA